CAAACUGGCUCUAACAGGGUAUCUACCUUUGGGGGCCCACUGCCUCUUAACAAUCUCAAGAAACCACAGAUCCGAUCAGAACAAUUUCCAUCUGCAAUGGCUGGGAACACUCGCUCCUCUUUGAGCUACCUAAUCAUCAUCUCUCUUCUAUCUCUCCACACCACUGUAUCUCUCACUCUAUGUCUCUUCAUACAUAAUUGCUGAGAUGUAGUUUUAGAUCAAGCUAACAGGAUUGUGUUUGUUUUUCCUCUGGUCCAGAUUAUCGAUGGAGCCUCGGGGGUUUUCUUCCUCGAUAGUCCCGAUCAGCGGUAUGUUCGCCCUUCUUCAUCUGAUGAGACUUCUUCGAUGUCACUUCCAGAAGUCGGUGCUGCUGUAUCAGUCUUAUUGGGAUUUUCACCUCCAGCCACCCUUUCUACUAAGAGUUCAUCUAAGUUGAAUGAGGUUCUUGCACCUAAUCCAUUUGAUAGGCCUCGUGCUGUUCUUUUGCUAGAAGUCACAGGAGCUGAAGGAUCACAUUUUUUGGUUGGCUCAGAGGAGUUUAGUGUCACUCACAAGAGAGACGUUAUUUGGAGUACAAAUACUAACAUUCAUCUUCCAGGGGAGGAAAGUGUAUCUGUGCUGACAUUGAAUGAACCCUUGAGUUUGGAUUCAGAGAAUGAACUAUCUGAAAAAGAACUGAUUGACUUUGCAUCAUGGCUGCAUGGCUCAUAUGUAAAUGUUGCGAAAGAACAGUUUACUGAGGCACUUAUUGUACCACUGGAGAAUGAAGAUGAGUUGAGAUUUGAUCUAUCAAAGAAAGCUGUAAGAGAAUUUAUAAAAAGCCUUAUUUCACUGUCCCAUGAUUGUCAUAAGGCCAUGGAGCUCCAUCACGAUUUGUUUGGAAGUAAAAACAAUAAACCUGAGCUAAUUGUUGCAAGAUUUGGCGCCAUUCAGGAAAUGACAAAUAAGCACGGGACAGAAAAUGUUGAACAAGCUAUGAGACUGUCUGUUCAUGUAAUUUCGAAGAUAUUUGUUUCGUUACGCAAUGCUUAUAAAGGUGAAAUCGUUGGAGUAGUUGUCUACAACUCAGCCUCUGAACCGAUGCUGAAUGUGAUCCAUGAUUCCCGACAGUCUGCACGCUGGCUGGUGGAAACAAAUUCCUUGCAAAAUGCUACUGUUAUUGCAGCUCAGCUAAUGGUUAGAAGAACAGUAGCAUGGACCACUGGAAUUAUGCUAAUAAUUGCAACUCUUUUAGGGAUAUACUUCCUUCUCAAUAUGUCUCUCACAAGGGACACACUUCUCUAUUCUAAUGUCAAGCUCGAUUGAGAUUUUAAAAAUGGAGGAUGCAUAUGACCAUGGGGGAGAUUCAGGGUUGGAAUCAGACCCGUGCCGGGUACGAGAUAUUGUAUGUAAUUGCUGUGAUGCAGCAUCUGUUACUCACAUUUCUCCUUUGAAAUCUCCAUCACUGUCCAAAAUAAAAUAAUCAUUCUAGUUUUGAUCGUGUUUAUUUAUGCUCGUGAAAUCCUACUGUAUCCAAAAUUUGGUUUGGAAUAAUGGCACCAGUAUCUU